AUGAUUAGAAUAGGUCAACGUGAACAGAAAAAAAGAAUGAUUCCGGAGAAAACUGGGGAUCGCAGUUCCGAAUCUCAGUUACAUACCCUAGCUCUUCUCUUGUCAUUAGGUAAAUUACACGUGGUGGUAUAUGGGGAGAGCAACAUGGUUCGAAGCCGACGGGACGAAGAGGGGAGAAUGGACGGAGGAGGAAGACCAGAAACUCGUCGCUUACAUCGACGAAUACGGCAUCGAUGGGCAGCCAUAGCGCAGCAGAUGCCGGGUCGAUCAGACAACGACAUCAAAAACCAUUGGAACUCUUGUCUCAAGAAAAGACUCGAGAGAAAUGGAAUCGACCCAAUGACCCACCAGCCAUCUAAUAAAGAAUGCUGCAGCUCUUUCUCUUCCACGGCGAGUCCAUCUUCUUCCUCCGGCUCGGCCCGUCUCCUUAACAGGAUCGCCACUGGCAUCUCAUCCACAAAACACGGCGUUGACAGGAUCAAGAACAUCUUGUCGGAUCCCAGAAUCACAAGCAUGAAUGGCCAAGAAGAGGAAUUUGUAGAGCUGAAGAAGGAUCAUGGGAAGAUUUUAGCUAGUGAUGAUCAAGAAGAUGAUUUUCUAUUGUGGGACGAGGAGAAAUUGAGGCAUUUCAUGGAGGAGAUUGGCGUAGUGGAGUUCGAAACGACGUCAUACGAUGGAGUCUAUAACUCUAGCUAGUUCAUUAUCACCGUAUGGUGUUUAUGAGACUGACCAACUUGAUGGCCAUCUCAUUUGAUGAAUCAGUGGUGUUGUACUGUGUGAGAAUUGUCGUUUUAUGUGCCUCAUUACCACAUAUUAUGCUCUUGGCACGUUGCGACAAAGAAUAAUAUUCAUGUGCCGACCAAGAGAAUAAUUUCCUUAAAGUCAAGUAUGUGUUUAUGUGUCUCUAAUUUAGCGUAUAUAGAAGAUGGGUCAUGGGUGCGGUG